ACCACAGUAAUGAUAUAUAUGCAGGCACCUGUCAACGUGCUGGAAGACAGUAAAUAGGCUACGAUCGCCCCUCCACUUAACAGCACAACACUUUCUGCUGAGCGAUGUCUAUGGAACCCUCUGCCAGCUCAUCUCUGCCUGAUUGUUUUUUAGAGGCGCCUGCUUAUAACUUAUUGGCGGUCUCUGCCCACCAACGUGCAGAGUCUAUAAACACUGUGGGACUGAAUAUCUCUCGACCCCAAGCCCCCCGUCCCAUUCUCGCGAUGCAGGGCAACUUUCUUCAAGAUUUCCGCCACAUCUUUGAUGAUCCAUCACCCCCCCUUCCUCUGCGUACCUGCAAUAACAGUCGUUUUGAGCCAUACUACAUUGGCCGCCCCAAUGAGCACCAUGGCACCUUUCUUUGUCGGUGGGAUAACGAAGGAACACUUUGCGGUCACGAGGUUCGGGCUACAUCCAGGGAUGUUUUCGCCCAUCUGCGCGAAAACCAUCACAUUGGCAAGGAACCCCGCUGCCUUUGGGCUACGCCACACGGCCGCUGCGGGAAGCAGCUGAGGAUCCCGAGUUUUGGGCGUCAUGUCAUGACCCACGUCGGCAUAAGAAUCAAGUGUUCCGUCUGCGGCGCCACAAUGGCCCGUGAUGACAUCGCCGCCAGGCAUCGUCAGCAGCACCCCAAUUGCUCUCAAGCAGAUUUUGAAACCAUCCCAGGUUGCAAUACUCAGGUGCCUUUUUGACAAUGGCCACCUCCUUUGCGACGUGGUAGAUUGCUCGUCGCAUGCUUACCAGUGAUAGUCAAGUCCCUCUCAGCUGUCCGCGCUACGUGCAAAUCUAUCAC